AUGAAUCCAUAUUAUAGAAUGCCACCUCCUUUACCAAAUCAGCCACCUUUACGAGUAACUACAAAGGAUAUGGGUAGAACACUCGGAAUUCCUGACGCUCCGGAAAAUUUACAAAUAAUUGCUGAUAAUAUUCCUAAAGAUUUAACAAUUGAAGAAGCAUCAAUAGUUGCAGAAGAUAUAUUAAGGAGUAUGGCAAAUAAACCUGAAGAAUAA